ACAAGCAUUUCUAAACAACUUGGAAAGAUCAUGGAGCUGGAAUUUACCUAUGGAUCUUCGGGUAAUUGCUGGCAGAGAAGCAUCCAAAAGGGAAAGCAGUUAGUGUUUUGGUGGAAGGAAGGCGCAUCACAAUUGCACAGGGAGGGGAGAAGGCUGAUGGCAAAUGGGGAAGACAAUGGCCAAGACCACAAGGACUCCAUAGCUCGCAGCAGCGCAAAUGGAGAGUGCAACGUUUUCUGCAGUGCCGCUGGUGAGGAUGGAGCAGGAAGGGUCCAAUGUGGAGCUUGCAGUGAGGAGGAGCACGACAACCAGAAAAACCCUCGGGCACAAUCGGAGAUGACAGUAGAGAUAGGGACACUCCAAAUUAGUAGAAGGAGAAGGCAGAGCUCAGCAUCGAAGGGAGAAGGGAGCAGGAGAGGUUAGAUUGGGUUUUAGGUGGGUUCGGGUCAGUGUGGGUGCAUGUUCGGUUCUGGGUUUUUCUUUGGGAUGGGUUAUCUUUCCAUGUUACUUCUCUAACUUCAAACCCAAUAGAAAAAGCCAACCUCCAACUACCAUAACCUCAGCACAAUCAGCCAAAACAGUGCAUGACCAAAGCGGAAAAGAAAAUGAUUGCCUCUAUAAAAGUUCGAUGACUAAAAAUAUAUGUUCUUACUUCUUGU